UCGCCGGGCCGGAGGGGGCGAGCUGGCGGCCGCGGCUGGGGUGCCGGAGUCGCUCGCUGCAGCUCCUCUCGGACGCACCAAAGGCGCACCAUGGGCUCCGCUCGCUCCCCGACGGCGAUCCCUUUGCGCGGCCUCGUGCUGGGGCUCUUUCUGCUCGCCUGCUCAGCCCCAGAAUGUCACGCAGAAGUGCAAGUGUCCGUCCCGGCUUUGUUGGAGGUCCAGCUAGGCCACAAAGUGUCCAUCUCCUGCACUCACACCACGGAAGGUCAUGAUGGCUUGCCCCUGGUGGAGUGGUUCAUCACGGACAAGAAUGGGGAGCAGCGGCGUGUGGCCUACAGCGAUCAGGGUCGGCAGGGGGUGGACAGAGGCACCGAGUACACGGACCGCGCCUCCAUGGAAGCCGGCCACAGUUUGGUCAUCAAAGCGGCCGAGGUGAUUGACGAGAGAGCCUUCUCCUGCCAGGUGACGGCGGGCGCCGCAGGGAGCGGAAUGGGAGUGACGCAACUCAAGGUGUACGGUGCACCUGAAGCCCCAGAGGUCAUACCUAACAGCAGGACCCUCUCUGUGACUGAGGAGGAUGCCUCAGAGAUUGCGACGUGCACCAGCAAAAAUGCCAACCCAGUGCCAACCAUCAGCUGGUACAAAGAUGGCCGCUCUCUGAACGCCUCCACAGAACGCAAUAAGGAGCUGUAUGUCGUGUCACGGACAGUGAAAGAGGCGUCAGGGCUGCUCUCUGUCUCCAGCACGCUGUACCUGCGAGUGAACAAAUCUGACAAGUACUCCAGCUUCCUCUGCCACGUCAGCUACGCAAUGCCGCACGGAAAAGUCGGCACCGCAGAGUCGGACCCCUUCCAUCUCACGUUGCACUACUUCACAGAAAACGUGCAGUUUUCUGUAGAUUCCCCAGAGGUCAUCAAGGAAGGGGAUAAUAUCGAGUUGCAAUGCCAGGCGGACGGCUACCCCCCACCGGAGUACGUCUUUUACAAAAUAAAGAGCGAAGACACACAGGUAGACCUGGGGUCCCGCGCCAACGGAAUCCUGAGCCUUCCGCACGUGACCACAGACGGCGGGACGUACCGGUGUCAGGUGCUGGACUUCGACAGCCCCAGUACCGUAGAGCUGGAGAAGGAGGUGACCAUCUCUGUCAACUAUCUGGACCCCCUGGUUCUGAACCCAAACAAGACGGUGAUGGCAAGAUUGGGCGAAAACAUCGAGCUGACCUGCUCUGGUACUGGCUCCCAGAUGCCCACGUUGCUAUGGAAGAAGGGAAAGACUAAGGUGGGAGACGGCGAGACUUUGCCCCUGAGUUCACUGAGCUACGACAUGGCCGGCGGAUACACCUGUGAAGCCUCUGUGCCCAGCAUACCUGGGCUGCAGCGGACCCAGACGGUGGAAGUCGUCGUGGAAGGAACCCCGCAAGUGGAGCGGCCCCAGUCCACACACCAUUACCAGAGCCUGGGCCAGAAGCUGACCUUUACCUGCGCUGCUUUCGGCUACCCUGAGCCAGAGAUCAAGUGGAGCGUCACUGGGGAAGAGCCGUCUGCGAGGACCUUUGGCAACAGAGUCGUCAGCGAAUUGUCGGUGGAGGUGACCCCUGAACUGGCCCAGAACGGGGUCACGUGCUGGGCAGAGAAUGAGCACGGCAAGGCCGAACAGACGUUCCUGUUACAGAUGGUUGCGCCGACGACAUCUGCCUCUCCUGUGCCAGCAGUGGACGGGGAACAGAGCCAGGGCGGCAGCACCAUCGCCGUGAUUGCCGUGUGCGUCUGCGUCUUGCUCCUUCUCCUCAUCGUGGGCUUCUUCUACUUCAUGCAGCGCCGCGGCCAGCUGCCCUGCGGCGGAGGCGAGAAGAGAUCUUUGACCCCCAAGGAAGGGAACCCUGACGACACUGUGGUGGAGAUGAAGACGGACAAACGGAACGAGCAGACGGGGCUCUUGAGCCCUGGGGGCGGCGGUGGCGGUGGGGCAAACGAGUGCUGAGAGCAAGCCUGGAGUUGCCUUCUUCCGGAGGAUCUGCCUCUUGCCUGCUCUGCACCACACAAACCACGGGGCAAAGAGGACGCCAGGGCUGGACUGUGCGAGGGGAACCCGGUCCCUCCGGGGCCCUUCCUUCUCCAAGGGCAGGGGAGCAUCCUUCCUUGCGUCUGGACAUUUUCUUUUUUUGUGUGCAAAUGGGGUGAGGUGAGGGGGUUGUGCUGCCGCUACUACUUCUUCCUCCUUGAAACGCCUGAUUGUUAUUAUUGUUCUUGUAAUUAUUUUUGAAGAAACUGACACUUGCCCGGACCCCUCUGGGGUGUGUAGACGCGCCAGCGACACACAGGCUCCUGUCUCUCCACACACCGGUAUGCCUCUUGCUGACUUGAGGACCUGAACUAAGUCCACACGUGCACCCACGUCCUGAACACGGAAACACGGCCUUGGAAGAAAAUUCACACAAGUUGACUGGCCCCUUUCUGCUGGCACACGACUGUUAGCCACUUGUGGUCUGAAAGGACCCGCUUUUUGUAAACCUUCCCACCCCCCACCCCGUCCUGCUUAGUCGCUUGGAGGUGAUUCUCGCUCGCCAUAGGUGACCAGGCUAGCAGUGUCUGUCUUUCGCCGUUGGGCAAAGACAUGUGGACACCUAUAUUCCUGCAAACACUUCUUUAUCCUCCACGUGAAGCAUGCAAUGUGAGUGAACACAUACAGGCACACCCUUGUUACGCCGCGCAUCCACACCGCCACACCCGUUGAGCGUGCUUGUCGGGAAGUCGUGCAAAGACUUGCAAAGUUGACAUGCUCCCCACAUGCUUGUGAAUGUGUUCCGUCCAUACAUUAACAUGUUUCUGUGUGUAUAUGCACCCAAGGCUUUGCAAAUUACGUGUGGGCAUCGUAGUUGAGUAUUAAUUUCUACUAGACAGCCCACUCCACAAUAACAGCACAAACAGCAUCCUAUGCAUUUAUCAGCACAGAAACUGUCUGAUGAAGUGAUAUCGCUCAGGCUGCAAUUCUGUAUAUACUAAGCUCCAUUUAUCUCAAUAAUGCCUGCUUCUGAGUAGAUCAUGCUGUCACGCUUUUAUCUAGGUUGACAAACACAUGGCAUCUCUUUUUUAAAAAUUUCCUUUCAAGUUGUGAUUCAUUCCACAGCUUCUGCCUGUUUUUGUCUCCUUCAUAUUCAUAGGGUUGUUCUUCACACACAUACACACUUAUUUUCUGGCACCAAACCUCAAAAUACAGGAAAACGUUGGGUUUGGCUAAUCAGUUACUUGUUUUUAAUUUUCUGACUGAGGCGUUUUAGUACAAAAUUGAAGAGCGCUGGGGCAGUUUUUGAAAGAGGACUUCUAUGGCCGCUUGAAAACCAAAUCUUUUUUUGGUCACCUGACUGCAGGUCACCUGACUACCUGGGGAGUUUGUUCCUUUGAAGUCAGCAGUAAAACUAGUUCGGUACCCAGCUUUAAGAGAGUCCAUCUUCAGCCAGCCAAGGUUCGGCUUUCGUUUAGGAAUGUGUACAAUCUCACAAAGAGGUGUUUAUUCUGUUUAAACUGCUGGCCUGAAGUAGAAAUCCCAUCAGUUAAGAAAACAAUUUCCCUUCUCUUAAUGAGCGCAAGCAAGGAUCUCUGACUCUGCCGUCCGUCUUGCUCACUCACCCUCCUGUUUUUAGUUCUGGGUUCUUGGCUUGACACAGCUGAUCUGCACAGAUAAGAUAUGGAACAAUCUCUCUGUUCCAUACAUUUUUUUUUUGAAAAGCAGCGAGUAUGUCACGGACAGUAGUAGAAUUUGAAAGCCUCGUUAUCACUUGCCAGAGGGAGACCCUUUUGCCACAAUUACUCUGCUGUGUGGUUUUAUGGAAGCCUUAUGCAUGCGUGCCUACACACACACACACACACACAAACACACGUGUGUGCUCACCCCCAUGAUAAGAACAGCUGCCACCCACAUACAUUUCAUAAGUAUAUUUGUGUUUCUAGCACAUUCACAAGCCAGCUGAUGGGCAUAUUAAAGCAGCCAGCUUCUGGAACCAGGCUACCCCUUUUAAACAACCGUUUGAUUUGCAGCAAACAAGCAAAGGAGAGCGUUUAGGGCACCACGCCAUGAAGAAGAAAUAGAAGAAAAGCUUUGCUUGCAGAUUUCUCCUGCAGAUCAAUACUCUGUUGCAGCAGCCCAGGCCGGUUUGGGUGUGCUUGUUCCCCUGCCGUAGCUACACGGCUGGCAACCUUACAGCAUGCCGGUGCCAGAUAAAGCAUGCCAGCAAACACACACACACCCAAUGCGGAAUAGGCGCACAGGUUCCUAAUAAGUUGUGUCAGGAUCUUGCUUUUUUAAAAUCUCUGUUCCCGGAGGCUGGCUGUUGGAGAGCGCUUCCCUCCCUCUCUGCGUCUCCCUAUGCAAAAUGCUCCCAUCCCUAAAGGCAGCCUUACGUCCUGUAGGGGUUUGACGGCGGGGUCUUGCCACCAGAGAUAUUGUGGCUUCUAGGCAGCUUUCGACGGCCGCCAUCUUUCUCGCAGAUUCAGCAGCAAAUCUGCGCCUGCGUUUCCUCCUCUGUGUACACAUCCACACACCGCUUCUGACAAGAGUGAGUAGUGCCCUGGGAUUUCAGCUCCCAUCACCUCCAGCCAGGGAUGAUGGGCCUUGGAGGGCUACAGCCUCACCCUGCCUUAACGUUUUUCCACGCACGAUGAAAAAAGCCACGGCAGCUGGGGAAUGGGCGACCUGCCCCUAAACACCUGAGUCUUACCACUGGGCAGCCACUCCCAUUUCGUCUCCGUCCGUGCUCUCAUCGUUCACCACCCCUGCCUACAGGGGGCGUCCUGAUCUCUUGGCGUUCUGAUUUUCUUCAUUGAAAUGCAUUGGGUUGUGUGUGUGGUUGCUGUUGUUGUUGUUUUAAAAAAUGGCAUCUAUUAUCGGUCUGUACGGGACAAGCCUUUUGGGGUUCUAGUCUUCCUACUCUCCCCUGACCCCCCAAUGGCUUGUGUCCUUUCUCUGUCUCUUGCACUGUCUUGUCGAGACACUGGCUCUGGUUUGGGUGGGUGGGUGGGUGUGGGGAGACUUUGGGAUUUUUUAAAAAAUGUAUGUAUGUAAUGGUGUUGCAUCUUAGAGAGCAAGCUGAGGCCGCUAAGCUAUGGCAGAGCCCAGGGUGGACGUGUGGGAGAAGGCAGCACUGAGGGCAAUAUUCUGGCUACUGAGCUUUAACCAUCCUUGCAAGAAACGAUGGUGAGGUUUUUCCAUAAUGGCUCUCCCAGUAUGGCAGCUGCAAGACUCCUUAGCAACCCCUUCUUCACGCCCUUCCCCACAUUUUCCUAGCAAGGGAUGGUGUUGUGUCUCACAGCCCACUAGUCCAGAUUGCCCCCUCCUUACACCCCUUCUUGUUUCAUGACCUCUUUUCACUUGUGCCUGCUGCUGUUUUUAGGUUUUGCCACCUUUUAAAAAACGAAACAGAUACCUGGCUCCUCUGCCUUCCACAGCUGUUCCAUCUGCAAGCUGCUAGCAGGUAAAACUGCUAUGAAAAGUUUCACCUGCCAUUCUCCACCCCGUCCACCCACAGACUUAAGUUUACUGCAAAAACCAUGCAGGAGGAGGUCAGUUGGCAAACGCAGCCACCUGCCACCCCUCUCGGCUCCUGCCAUAGCUCCAGCUUCUCACUCCCCAUCCCUUCGGAUGUCUCUGUUACCUGCUGCCCCCACCAACUGGGUUACACUGUACAUUAGCAAAUAAAAAAUAUUGUAACCUCA